CACCAUUCAGUUAUGACAACGGUGGAUUGGAACUCCCUCACGGUGGUUAAGCUCAAAGAGGAGCUAAAGAAACGGAAUCUAUCCACGAAUGGACUCAAAAAGGAUCUCGUCCAGCGGCUGGAGGAGUAUGAUGAGGCCGGUGGAUCUGGUUCAGCUGAGGGUGAUGGUGAUAACGAAGCCGCUGCUGCUGCUGACUUACCUGAGACACCUGCAAAGGGCGGGAAGGAGCGUCGGAAGUCAACUCGUGUGGGACGGAAAGGAAGUGAAGUCCAAGAGGACAAGGACAACGGGGAGAAUGGGGAACAGAAUAAUGGAGAGUUGUCAUCCUCGGAGGAUCGCACUAGACACGAUGCUCCAGAUGUAGAAAGCGAAGUGAAGGAGAAUGAGAAUGCAAAUGACAUAGCUAUGGACGACGCUAAGAAUGAGACAAAAGCAGAGCAGGACCCCUCACUUUCGAGCGCCAAGCGCAAGAGUCCUUCGGACUCAGAAGAGCCCAAAGUAGCAAAGAAAACCAAGACGGAGGAGGUCAAUUUGACGGAUGGGCUUGAGAACAAGGCGCCAGAGAAUGAGGCGUCUCAUGUGAACCAGAAGAGUGAUAUCAAAAGCGAACAGAAAAGAGAUGUUGAAAUCCAAGGUGAAGAAAAGCUAGUUGGGGAGAAACCGUCAUCACCGACCAAGAAAAGAAAUGAUGCGGUCAAGGACCAACAAUCAGAUCCUUCCACAUCAUCUCCGCAAUCCGAAGCAAAGGAAAUGACUUCUGCUGAUAAAGCGGCGGCUCCUGUGUCCACUGCCAAUGGUGUUAACGAGAAGCAUGCCGAUCCUGAGAGUGGAACAACUGAGAAUGAUGAAUCAUCUACCGAGAAAGAAUCGUUGCAGCCCUCUUCUACUUUGGUGAUUCGGAACUUUAUCAGGCCACUCACUGUCCAGCAGGUGAAGGAGCUAUUGGCCAGUUAUGGGAAAGUUGAAAACUUUUGGAUGGAUAAAAUCAAAACUCAUUGUUAUGUUACGUACGAAAAUACAAAUCAAGCCGCGGAGGCCUUUGCCGGUUGCGAUAAUUUAAAAUUCCCUCCUGACACCGGGAAGAACCUGACGGUCGAGUACAUGACAGAGGAAGCUGCCACCGCCGCCAUUGCAGAAGAGGAGAACGCCCAACGACGAAACAGUGAUACCAACAAUCCUCCUGGUCGGUUUGCUGCAGCCCACAACCCCCUCCACCGUUUGGCGCCACCGCCGGCUCGCAUUGAGCGACCGCCUUUCAAUCCGCCGCCGCCACCCCCGGCCUAUAACCCCCCGCCUUUGCGCCGCGAUGCACGUCCUAACGACGCCAUGUUCAGGAAAACCAAAACGCAGCCUUCCAUCUAUUACCGUCCUCAUUCCGAGGACGAAGUACGUGCCAAAAGGCGAAGACUGGAGGAUGAUGUCUCACGGGAUAGACGUGAGCCUCGAAGGAGGAGCAGAGAGCGCAGUAGGAGCCGAGAAAGGAGGAGUUACGGUCGCGGACGGUAUUGAGGACAUAGGGCAGAUGAUCCGCAAUCACAGCUCUAUCGGCCUCUCAUGGUGUUAAACCCGCUGGUCUGGCCGGCUUGUAUAUAUCAUGAUCUUAGGAUUGUCUAGGGUGUAGUUCACGCUAAGAGAUACCAGAAGAGUAUCAUUAACGUUCUGGUUGGGUCGCAAUGGACAAUAGAUGUUCUGAAACUCUGCAUUGUCUUUACUUUGGACAAGAUAGUUCUCCGUCUUUCAAGGUGCCGCUUUACAUGGGCGCCUUUCUGCAUAAAACGGCAAUUUUAGAUCCAAUAGCUUGUCAGAAUUUCAAUAUAUGCACAAAUUUUCCAGAAAGC